CGGCGCGGGGCGGAGGCGGCGGCGGCGGCGGCGAGACGGCGCGAUGGAGAGCGAGUGCGGGAGCCCGUGGGCCCUGGGGCUGCUGCGCACCUUCGACGCGGGCGAGUUCGCGGGCUGGGAGAAGGUCGGCUCGGGCGGCUUCGGGCAGGUGUACAAGGUGCGCCAUGUCCACUGGAAGACGUGGCUCGCCAUCAAGUGCUCGCCCAGCCUGCACGUCGACGACAGGGAGCGUGUAGAGCUUCUGGAAGAAGCCAAGAAGAUGGAGAUGGCGAAGUUCCGCUACGUGCUGCCCGUGUACGGCAUCUGCCGGGAGCCCGUCGGCCUGGUGAUGGAGUACAUGGAGACCGGCUCGCUGGAGAAGCUGCUGGCGUCCGAGCCCUUGCCGUGGGACCUGCGCUUCCGCAUCGUCCACGAGACGGCCGUGGGCAUGAACUUCCUGCACUGCAUGUCCCCGCCUCUCCUCCACCUGGACCUCAAGCCCGCCAACAUCUUGCUGGACGCCCACUACCACGUCAAGAUUUCCGACUUUGGGCUGGCCAAGUGCAACGGUCUGUCCCACUCCCACGGCCUCAGCAUGGACGGCCUGUUCGGCACCAUCGCCUACCUCCCUCCGGAGCGCAUCCGGGAGAAGAGCCGGCUCUUCGACACCAAGCACGAUGUGUACAGCUUCGCCAUCGUGAUCUGGGGCGUGUUGACACAGAAGAAACCGUUCGCAGAUGAGAAGAACAUCCUGCACAUCAUGGUGAAGGUGGUGAAGGGCCACCGGCCCGCGCUGCCGCCCGUGUGCAGGGCUCGGCCGCGGGCCUGCGGGAGCCUGGUGCGCCUCAUGCAGCGCUGCUGGCACGGGGAGCCGCGGGAACGGCCCAGCUUCCGGGAAAUCACGUCUGAAACCGAGGAGCUGUGUGAGAGACCCGAUGCUGAUGUGCAGGAUGGUGCCCAGGACCUGGACACGAAGCAGCCGCCGGAGCCCAAGAGCCCGAAGCCCGCGUGCUCACCGCUCAAGCGGGCCUCCGCCCCGACCUUCGACAGCAACUACAGCCUCUCGGAGCUCCUAUCCCAGCUGGACGCGGGCGCCUCGCAGGACCUGGGCGGCCCCGAGGAGCUCAGCCGCAGCUGCUCCGAGUCCACGCUGCCGUCGGCCGGCAGCGGCAAGAGGCUCUCGGGGGUGUCUUCUGUCGACUCCGCCUUCUCCUCCAGAGGGUCGCUGUCCUUGUCUUUCGAGCGGGAGCCUUCAACGGGCGAUCUCGGCACGACGGACGUCCAGAAGAGGAAGCUGGUGGACGCCAUCGUGAACGGGGACACCAGCCGGCUGAUGAAGAUCCUGCAGCCCCAGGACGUCGACCUGGUGGUGGACGGCGGCCGCAGCCUGCUGCACGUGGCCGUGGAGGCCGGCCGGGAGGAGUGCGUCAAGUGGCUGCUCCUCAACAACGCCAACCCCAACCUGCCCGACGCGAAGGGCUCCACCCCGCUGCACGCGGCCGUGGAGAAGCGGGCCCGGGCCGUCGUGGAGCUCCUGCUGGCCCGGAAGAUCAGCGUCAACGCCGUCGACGAGGACCGCUGGACGGCCCUGCACUUCGCGGCCCAGAACGGCGACGAGCUCAGCGCGCGGCUGCUGCUGGAGAAGAACGCCUCGGUCGACGAGGCGGACUGCGAGGGCCGCACGCCUCUGCACGUGGCCUGCCAGCACGGCCGGGAGGGCGUCGUGCGCGUCCUGCUUCGCCGGGGCGUGGCCGGCAGCCUGCCGGGGAAGGACGCCUGGGCGCCGCUGCACUACGCCGCCUGGCAGGGCCACCUGCCCCUCGUCAGGCUGCUGGCCCGGCAGCCGGGCGUCAGCGUGGACGCCCAGACGCUGGACGGCCGCACGCCGCUGCACCUGGCCGCCCAGCGGGGCCACUACCGCGUGGCCCGCGUCCUCAUCGACCUGCGCUCCGACGUCAACGUCCGCGACCGGCUCUCGCAGACGCCCCUGCACGUGGCCGCGGAGACGGGGCACACGAGCACUGCCAGGCUGCUCCUGCACCGGGGCGCCGGCCGGGAGGCGGUGACGGCCGAGGGCUGCACCGCCCUGCACCUGGCCUCGCGCAGCGGGCACCUGGCCACCGUCAAGCUGCUGCUGGAGGAGAAGGCGGACGUGCUGGCCCGGGGGCCGCAGAGUCAGACGGCCCUGCACCUGGCGGCGGCCGGUGGGCACUCGGCCGUGGUGGAGGCGCUGGUGGGCGCCGACGUGCUCGACCUGCCCGACGCACGGGGGCUCAGCCCGCUGCACCUGGCGGCCCAGGGCAGGCACGCCGAGACGGUGGAGAUGCUACUCAGGCACGGGGCGCAUGUCAACCUGCAGAGUCUCAAGUUCCAGGGCAGCCACAGCCCCGACGCCACGCUCCUCCGGCGAAGCAACACCUAGCCUGCGGCCCCCGGGGACGUGGACCGAGUGGCCCGUGAGAGGCAGGCGGCUUCCGACGCUUGAUUCGUCCGGGGCGUCUGUGCGGCCAUGGUUCCCUCCGAAGGCUGUCGGGUAGAGCGCACUUGGCUGUGGACCCAUCCACCGAUCGGCACCGCUGCUGUCGGGGAAGACGGGUCGGAGUCGCCUCCUUGUGUUACUUGCUCCCACUGUGGGUCCGUCGGUGGCAGGGCCGUGGGUGGGGUGCAGUGCACCUUGGCCCCCGCCCAGCCGCCUGACCGCUCGGAGCGCAGCCCCCAGGGAGGCAGCGGGCAGGAAAGCCUGUAGUGGGAAUCUUGAUUUACAGAACGUCUGAUAGACGGACACGGCAUCGCCUGUUGCCUUAAACCUGUUAAAAAAAAGUUCGUGUCAGCGGGUUGCCUGGUUUGCGGACGAUGAGUAUAAAGAGACGCGGUUGGGUUCGAACAGCAAACAAACGGGAAAUCCGACCGGCCCUUUUAUAUCCAAGUUGUCUGUCCUCCGGUCAGCUAUCGUGGGAGGGGCCGCACCAUCCCCCGCCAGCGCUCCUCGCUCUUGCUCGUUUCUUGUUGCCCAGAAUGAUUUUGGAACCCCAGCGCCAACUGUGUUGAGACAAAAUGCGUUGGACAAGAUUUGUACUUGUUUCAUUCUGGGACAGCAGUGUUACUUGUUACUGAGCUAGACAAGCCACCUCACCUGUUAGUUUCUUUCCAGUACUGGGUUUCGGUGAGGCCGUUUUCUGUGCGGGACGCUGCCGCUCUGGGGUCCUAGGGGCUUUCUGACCUGCUGGGAGACGACCACAUUGUGCGGGAGCCUUGGCUUCUGUGAUGUAGCCCCAGGGGACGUGGGCACAGUCCUGGAUGUAAAAUUCUAGCCCUGUGCCCUCUGUGUCUCGUGUGUCCCCCGCGGUGCCCCCCGAAAACUGUCAAGUAGGUUUGCCGCGGGGCGCGAGCCCGUGUGCAGACGUGCGCUGUGGCCUGGCGCACAAAUACGGAGAUUGAUGUUAACGUACCGUGUAUGUUGAUAUGAAUCUGUGGACAAGAUACUUCUUUUCUGUGACAGGAAAUAUCCAUACUGCUUAGAACCGGCUAUGUUUUAAUAUGCCUCCCGCAUCACUACCUUAUGCUACUGUUGUGUGGAAUGUGUGGAAGACAGUUCUGUUUGACGUCAAUAAAACUGAGUCCUUUUGCUCUUUUGGA